GUACUCUAACUUGACUAGACAUCUGGCAAGUCGACGGCUAAGAGAGAGCAAGAGUGGGUGAAGAAAUGGCGAGAUCGUCGACGGCGAAGGACGCUCAGGCUCUUAUCCAAUCUCUCCGAUCUGCUUAUGCCGCCACUCCGACCAAUCUCAAGAUCAUCGAUCUUUAUAUCAUUUUUGCCGUCUCCACUGCCCUAAUUCAGGUAGUGUACAUGGCUCUUGUUGGAUCAUUUCCCUUCAACUCAUUCCUCUCAGGAGUCCUUUCUUGUGUUGGAACUGCAGUUCUUGCUGUUUGCCUUCGCAUCCAAGUAAACAAAGAAAAUAAGGAAUUUAAGGAUUUACCACCAGAGCGUGCUUUUGCAGAUUUCGUUCUCUGUAACCUAGUACUUCAUUUGGUGAUCAUGAAUUUCCUUGGAUAAGCUGGUGCCGUGCCCUUUGACUAGAAGUGACGGCGCCUGUUACAAUUUUUGUUUGAUAUGUAAUGAGACUAUAAUGCCUAAUUACUGAACUGAGCAAGUAGGCAUAUGACAUUCUAACUCCUUAAUAUUUUCAUGAGUAAGUUCUUACUUGUUUUCCCAAUUAAAAGGUAUUUUUUGA